AUUCCGUCGCGCUGCGUGAUCUCGUCGUGAUCAUAGAGAAAAUAUGGGCCGGAAGUUCUUCGUCGGCGGUAACUGGAAAUGCAAUGGAACUACAGGAGAGGUGAAGAAGAUAGUGAACACUCUCAAUGAAGGUCAAGCGCCGUCGCAGGACGUUGUAGAAGUUGUUAUUAGCCCGCCAUUUGUAUUCCUUCCAUUGGUAAAAGAGUCGCUGAGGCCGGAUUUUCAUGUUGCUGCCCAAAACUGUUGGGUGAAGAAAGGUGGUGCUUUCACUGGUGAGGUUAGUGCGGAGAUGCUUGUCAAUUUGGGUAUUCCUUGGGUCGUUCUUGGUCACUCUGAGAGGAGGCUUCUCCUAAAUGAAUCAAAUGAGUUUGUUGGAGAUAAGGUUGCAUAUGCACUUUCUCAAGGCCUGAAGGUAAUAGCCUGUGUUGGUGAGACUCUUGAGCAGCGUGAAGCAGGAUCAACAAUGGAUGUUGUUGCUGCACAAACUAACGCAAUUGCAGAACGUGUGUCAAACUGGAAUGAUGUUGUUUUGGCCUAUGAGCCUGUCUGGGCAAUUGGAACUGGGAAGGUUGCAACUCCAGCUCAGGCUCAAGAGGUUCACUCUGAGCUGAGGAAAUGGCUUGGAAAGAAUGUCAAUCCUGAAGUUGCCACAUCAACCCGGAUUAUUUAUGGAGGGUCUGUCAAUGGUGCCAACUGUAAGGAACUAGCAGCUCAGCCUGAUGUUGAUGGUUUCUUAGUUGGUGGAGCUUCUCUGAAGCCGGAGUUCAUUGAUAUCAUCAAGUCUGCAGAGGUGAAGAAAAAUGCUUGAGCUCAGUAUCAAGCAUGAGCGGGUGCGUUAACCAAUCUGUUUUUGUAUGAUUUAGUCAAACUGUUUUGGGAAUAAGUUGUAUUUCUAUUGUACCUCAAACUGCAUUUUGCAAACCAAUUAGUGUUUACUUUAUCCUUGAGAUCAUCAAUGGAUGUGCUCGUUGGUAAUGAUUAAGGCAAAAUUAUGGAAAGCUUUGACAUCUUUGAAAAAUUCCAG